UAUCACUUUCACAACAAACAACUUCCGGUAAUUUGUUCCCAAACAUUAUUUUGACAACAUGACAUAUGAUUGCUAGUCAAAAACGAUUUUCACGACUAUGGGAGCUGAAAACAGCGUCUAUAUGGAUUGUGAAUGGGGUGAGGUUGUGCGAAAUGGUAACUGGUGUUUGCGGCAUGGAAAAUUAGAGGAUGACACAGAAGUCACGUUGUUUAUACCGGCGAAGAAGGAAAAGGUUUACGAAAACUUGCUCAGGAAGUUUACCAAGCAACUUCGAUUGAUCCGCCACCCUGGUGUUCUGACAUACCUUAAGAGUCAAGAAGAUAUGGAAAGUCCCCAGCUCUUCACAGAGAAAGCCAUACCAUUGGAUAGCGUGCUGGACAGUCUGGAUGGGAUGGAGAUUUGUGCGGGCCUGUACAGCAUCAUGCAGGCUCUUUGUUUUCUUCAUGAAAAGGUUGGGGUAUCUCACAAUAACAUGCAUGCAGGGGCCAUAUACGUCACUUCGGAUGGAACUUGGAAAUUGGGAGGUCUGGAGCAUAUCACCAAGUUCAGCGAGACAACGAUGACAAAGCUGUCAGAGUCACGCGAGCAUAGGGAGCCUAAAUCUAUUGCUCCAGAGGAGAAGGCUGGGAAGGUACUUCCUGGGAGUGAACUGGGUCACGCCAGAGACGUGUACGCCUUUGCAGUGAUGGUGGAGAACUGGUUGGAAAAGCUGGAGCCUCUAGGUGAUCUGACGAAGACAUUUGAGCUGCGGAUCAGAGACGAGUGUCUAGAGGCGGACCCGAGGAAACGACCAAACAUGCAGAGUCUGCUGGAAAACAGAUUGUUCACGACAGAGUUGCUAAAAAUAUCAGCAUUUUUGGAGCAAGUGGCUCUGAAGUCAAUGGAAGACAGAAAGGCGUUCUUUAGUCAACUCCUUCCGAAGCUUUUGUACCUACCCGAAGAGCUGGUUGCCAAGCGACUGGUCCCACGGCUGCUGUCACGCUUUGUGCUACUCGACCAAACUGCCAUACAACACGUACUGCCCAGUGUGCUCACCCCCCGCACAGGUGAAAAUGACCUCACAUCAUUGUCAGUGGACAAAGUUCAACCGCUGUUCAGUGAAUCAGUGUUCCAGCGAUACAUCAUUCCAAAAGUGGUGAAGAUAUUCACGGUGCAUGAUUACCACGUACAUAUGUUGAUGUUGACAUACUUCACCAAGUUUGUACAUCUUGUCAGCAGGGAGCAUUUGGAGACCGAUAUUCUUCCACAGGCAUUGCUGGGAUUGCGUGAUACAAGCAACGAGAUUGCAGCGUUGAGCCUGCAUCUACUAGGUGACAUGGUGACUGUCCUGGGUAGGGAAGCAGUGAUAGGCGGGAAGUGUAAAACCUUCUUCAAAGAAAGCCUGCCCAAAACUGGCUCAGUACAGGAAAAUUCAAGUCCCAAAUAUCCCCUAAACAACCGUUACUCCAAUGUUAGUGGAGUAUUGCCUAAAAUGAAGUUAGUGGAGCUGACAAAUAUGAGGGAUACUGAUUCUACAAAAACUGCGGAGAUCGAUCCUGAUCGAGCAUGGAAAGAACAAGAGAAGAAAAAAGAGCGGGAAAUGAAGAGAGAGCAGAUGCGUAGACAGCGGGAAGAACGCAAAAAUUCUCGGGAGCUGGCUGCAGUGGCUGCUAAAGAUGAAAUCAAAAGUGUAGAAAAUAUGAAGCUCUCCUCAGAAAGAAUUAUUGAUAAUGAUACUGAGGAUACCUUAGAAAAAUUGUGUGAUAGGUUGGGCGAAAAUGAGGCUGCUGAAAUUUCUUUUGACAAUUCUGAUUGGUCAGAAACUGUUGACAGUUCAUCAGUAAAUGUCAUGGACGAAGAUCAUUGGUCAGAUCUUGAAAAUGAUACCAAGAAUGAUUCUGACAUAAGUGAAGAAAUUGAAAAGGAGUUAAAAACAAUGGAAUUGAGUAAAAACCCUAAAUCAACUGUGAUUAAAUCUCAAAGUGAAACUAUAAUCAAGACAACUGGAAAACCGUUAAAAUUGCAAUCAUCUCAAAAAACUAACACUAACAAUGUUCCAACAGAGUCAAACUGGGAGGAACCAUCUCAAAAGUUAAAAUUGUCUGCACAUUCAAAAGCAGCCGUUUCAAACAUCGUAAACGGUGUAAAAUCAUCAAAAUCUAGUCAACAACUUGGUUCCGAGUUCGAUAUAAAAUCUCUGGAGAUAAAAGUUUCAGGAAAAGAGCCUGACCCUUUCGAUUUUUUUGCCGACAUGACCCCAUCUAUUCAGAAAACUUCUGUGAAAUUGGAUACUAACCUUAAAGCAAUAGACACACAACAUGAAGGUCAAAAUGCUUUGAAGCCAUCUUUAUUUGGAGUUGCAGAAGGGAACUUGGAGGAAACUGAUGGUUCAGGCUGGGGAGAUGAUGAUUGGUGAAUUCUAGGUUAAGGUUCCGGGCAACCAUGAUUCUUUGUGUCGUGUCAACAGCAUAUUUUUAGUUCAUAGAAUGCAAACCAGUAUUAAAC